AUGGCUCUUGAAAGCUCUGGUGUGGCAAUAACAUCGGAUUCUGUAAAAACUAAACUGCUUCAAGAUGUGAGAAGCACUGAAACAAAUGCUUUAUAUGUUAAUAAAAACAAGGGAAAUCGGUCGCAGUCUGCCAAACAAGCUUCAGAGAAAACCAGUACCGGCAAAGGUCCUAGAUGUUUCGUGUGCAAUAAAUAUGGGCACAUAAGUAAAAAUUGUCGAAAUAAGAAGUCGAAGGAAAAGUCCGAACAAAGUACCAACUAUGUUGCUGUAUUUUCUGCAACUACAUGCAAUGAGAAAGGUUGGUACAUAGACUCUGGAGCGUCAAUGCAUAUGACCAUGAACAGUGACUGGCUAUAUGUUAAAAUCCCACCUCCGAUUAGUACUAUAAAGGUGGCGAAUGAUGAGAAACUUUUGGUAGAAGCUUGCGGAAAGAUAAAUUUAAAUGUUGCUGAUAGCAAUGGGAAGAUAAAUACAAUCCAAGUGCAGAAUGUUCUUUAUGUUCCUGGUCUGGCCACUGAUCUUCUCUCGGUUACUCAGAUGAUAAAAAAUGGAUGUCAUAUACAGUUUAAUGAGAAAGGUUGCAAGAUAUUAAACAGAAAUAAAGAACAAGUGUCUACUGCAAAGAUGAUAAAUAAUAUGUACCGGCUUAAUACUCACAGUACUCCAGCAUACACAUCUGCAUCAAAAGACAAUGACUAUAGUGAAUUGCAGUCUGAAACCAGUGAUGAAUCUUUUAAGUCAGAUGAAGGAUCAAUUUAUGAACCAGACCAAACAAUUGAUCCAACAGAACUUACACAAAAUGUAACAACAAGAUCUAAACAAAGAACGUGUAACAUGGAUGCUAAAACAUAUUCAUGUGUUAAUGAAGUUUCAGAACAGGAUGAUGUUCCACAAAGUUACACAGCAGCAAUGUCCUCACACAAUGUGAAUGCUAAACAUUGGAAACAGUCAAUUCAAGAUGAGUUAAAAGCACAUGAAGAAAAUAAUACUUGGAACCUUAUUGAAAAACCGGAAGGAGUGCGAUUAUUUGAUUUUGAUCCUCACACUACUCCGGAGAAAGCAACUGAAGCCCCAGACAAAACUAUUCCCUACAGAGAGGCUGUGGGCUCACUCAUGCACCUGGCUGUGGUAAGCCGUCCAGAUAUCAUGUAUGGAGUCAGUCUGGUGCGUAGAUAUUUGAACUGUUACGAUCAGACCCAUUGGAAUGUUAUCAAGAAAAUAUUAAGAUAUCUGAAAGGAACAAAGGACUAUGGUUUAUGCUACACACCUUCAAAGUCUAACCUAGAAGAAAAAUAUUCAGAGAAACAAAUAGAUCUCAAAUAUGUGAAUACCAAAGAGCAAUAUGCAGACAUAUUUACUAAGGCUUUACCUAAGGAACAAUUGCAAUAUCUUAGAAAUAAAAUUGGUGUUAAGCAAGCAUCUCUCAAGUAG